AAAAAUAAAAUAAAAAAUAAACAACAACUCUUUCUAAUAAGACUGCAAUUCGAUUUAUGCCACGCACCCACAAGCUCAUUGUAAAUAAUAAACCUAAAAAUACAAUCUUUUUUAUCCAACUCAGUCAGAUCAUCAUAUCAUAAUAUUACCAACCCACAUUAUAAAUAACCUUUUACGCCUCUACAAGAGGUAGAGAACAAAGUGUUUGAAACAAUGGCGGUCUCUGGUUCCGACUCUCAAGCACCCAACACCAAGGUAAGCCCUUCGACGACGUCGACGACCACGGAAGUCGAGUCUGUCAAAUGCGAUUCAUGUGGGUUCACGGAAGAUUGUACUCCUGCAUAUAUUCGCAGGGUGCGCGACAGAUAUGAAGGCCGUUGGAUUUGCGGACUCUGCAUCGAGGCAGUCAAAGACGAAGUUCUCCGAUCCAAUACUCUAAUCUCCACCGAAGAAGCACUGCGUCGUCACAUCAAUUUCUUCAAGAAGUUCAGAUCCUCUACUCCGAUCGACGGAGCAGAGCACCCAAUCUCUGUCCUGUGUAGGAUUCUUCGUCGAAGUCUGGAUACACCCACAGCUCUUCGAUCCAACUCCAGUAGUUCUUUGAUUCCGAUUCAAAGUGUUAAAGGGUCGGGACUGGUUCGAUCGGAGAGUUGCUUUCCUUCUUUGUCUCGUUGAUUGCUUCUUUUCUGGUUUUGCUACUUGUUAAUCGCAGGUGUGGAGUAUAGGGGGGGCCUGUUCUAGAUGAAUCAAGUAGAUAAUGCAAUGGUAGAAAGUCUCUUAUUCAUGAGAAGUUUCUGGAUAUGUCUGCUCAAACAAAUGUAACAUGUCUGAAUUCACAGAACCCAUGAAAGAUUUUU